AUGGGGCCGAAUAUCAGAGAUAGAGAAAUGGAGGAAUUCAAAAGCUUUAUAGAAGAUAUGGAGCUCAUUGACAUGCCUUGCAUUGGAGGUAGAUUCACGUGGUACAAUAGCAAUGAGACUGCUAUGAGUAGAUUUGACAAUGUUUCAAUUGCUAAUAUUGUGAAAGAUAGAAUAAAGGUGUCAGUGGAGUUGUGGAAUAACUUCGAGAUGAAGGAAAUCAUGUUGCGCUUGAAGUCUGGACAUGUUUGGUUGAGAGAGUGGGAUUAUAACUCUCGUUUCUUUCAUAAUUCUUUGAAGAAUAGGUAUAUGAGAAACUUCAUUAAAAUGGUGGAAUCCUCGAGUGGAAUAUUGGAAGGGGUGACAGAGGUGAAGACCAAAGUCAAGAAUUACUUUGAAAGCUUUUUCAAGGAUAGUUAUUUUAAUAGACCUGUCCCUGAAGGGUGUCUCUACAAGAUUCUUGCUAAGAUUCUGGACUUGAGAUUGAAAAGGGUCAUUGGAAAGCUCAUCUCCAAUAAGCAAUCGAAGUUUGUUCCAGGUAGAAAUAUUUCGGAUGGUGUGUUGGUGGUGAAAGAAGUAUUAGGCCUGGCCAAAAGAGAGGAUAUGAGUUGCUUGGUUUUAAAGGUUGAUUAUGAAAAGGCUUACGACAUCGUUAGUUGGAAUUUUUUGAGAUUAUUGUUUAAUAAGAUGGGUUUUGGGGCUAAGUGGACUAAGUGGAUGAAGGCUUGUGUAUUUAACAAUUCCAUGUUAAUGCUUGUGAACGGUAGUGUUACGAUGGAUUUCAAGGUGGGGAUAUGCUUAAUACAAGGAGAUCCAUUAUAUCUCUUUCAUGUUUGUAAUAGUCAUGGAAGGCCUCACAUGCUUAAUGAAAAGAGAAGUGGAGUUAGGGGAAUUUAG